GCCCCCGCCCCCUCAGGGCCGAGCCUGCCCAGCUCCCUCAGCGCGGCCGCCAUUUCGGGAGCGCCGAGCCGGGCGCGCGGCGCCCUCUGGUGGCCCCGCGGCCAGCCCGGAGCCGGCGGUCGGUGGCCAUGAAGUCCGUGUUCGUCACCGUGGGCACCACCAGCUUCGACGAGCUGAUCGCGACCGCCCGCUCCCCGCCGGCGCUAAAGGUGCUGCACAGCCGCGGGUACCAGAGGGUGGUGCUGCAGGUGGGUCGGGGGGCGCUGCAGCCGCCGCAGCCCGGCGGCAGCGCGGCCCCGGAGGUGGAGGCGUUCCGCUUCAAGGACUCGCUGGCAGAGGACCUGCGGAGCGCCGACCUGGUCAUCAGCCACGCAGGUGCAGGUAGCUGUCUGGAGACUCUAGAAAAAGGAAAACCACUAAUAGUAGUAAUAAACGACAAGCUGAUGAACAACCAUCAGCUUGAACUGGCCAAACAGCUCCACAGAGAUGGGUAUGUCCUCUGCUGUAACUGCAGCACUCUUGUGGAGACUCUGCAGUUGAUGGACUUGUCAACUUUGAAACCUUUUCCGCCUGGACAGCCAGAAAAGUUUGCUUUGUUCUUGGAUAAAGUUGUUGGGUUUCGGCGGCCGCGCGCGGAGCCGCCGCGCGCCGAGCUCGCGUCCGCCUCAGCCGGGAAGAUGCAGAAGGGCUGGAAAAAGUACUUCGGGCAGAAGUCCUUCAGCGAGGUGGCCAUGGACGAGUACCUGGGAAGCCUGGGACUCUACCGCAAGAUGACGGCCAAGGACGCCUCUUGCCUCUUCAGAGCCGUCUCGGAGCAACUGUUUUCAUCUCAGAUUCAUCAUCUGGAAGUUAGGAAAGCUUGUGUCUCCUUUAUGAGGCAGCACCAGUCCAAGUUUGAAUCCUAUGUGGAAGGCUCAUUUGAGAAAUACCUAGAACGACUAAGAGAUCCAAAGGAAAGUGCUGGCCAGCUGGAAAUAAGUGCUUUAUCAAUGAUGUACAAGCGAGACUUCAUCCUGUAUCGGUACCCUGGAAAGCCCCCCACAUAUGCCACAGACAACGACUUUGAAGACAAGAUUUUACUGUGUUGUUCCGGCAACGGCCAUUAUGACUCUGUGUAUACAAAACAAUUUCAGGAGAAUGCUGCUGUUUGCCAGGCUCUGUUAUAUGAGGUCCUAUACAAAGGUGUGUUUGGCAUGGAUGAGGAAGAAUUAAGGUCUGCAGUUGAGGUGUUUCGAAGUGGAUCCAAGAAGAACAGAAACAGUGGUCGUGUAGGAAGUGAGGAUGCAAACUUCGGUUGUCUCCAUGAAAAAGUACCCAGAAAUGCAUCAGAAAAGAGGGUGGAUGACUGGGAAGGCAAUGAUGCUGACAAUCCAGAGGAAGCUAAGUUCAAACAAGGCAUUGAAGAAGAAAAGCCUUCAGAAAAUCCUCCCAAGAUGCCUGUUCCUUAUAAAGUGCUAAAGGCACUGGACUCUGCGAUCUAUCGAAACGUGGAGUUUGAUGUUUGGCUGGACAGCAGAAAAGAGCUUCAAAAAACUGACUACAUGGUGUUUGCUGGGAGACAGUACUAUUUAGGAGACAAGUGUCAGGUGCGUCUGGAGCCGGGAGAGAGGUAUUACAAUGCUCACAUCCAGGAAGUUGGACAGGAGGGCAACACAUUGACUGUGUUUGUUGAGGAGCUGGCAGAAAAACAUACAGUUCCUUUGGCAAACUUGAAGCCAGUGACUCAAGUGGCUCCUGUCCUUGCUUGGAACAUGGCUCACAACCGAAGGGGAGUAGCCUAUCAGAAAAUAACAGGUGGACACUUCUCAGGAAUAGAAAUGGGUAUGAAAACACGAAAGAGAAUGCUUAAGAAAGUUCGUGGAAAGGAAGUCUUUAUGGCUGUGGCUUAUAGCAGGGGUCAGCCACUUCUUCCACCCCGCCUACAGCACAGUGUUCCUUCGGGGCGCUCUCCUCCAGCUCACUGCUCCCAGGGUGCUGCAAACAUGGCACCUUACAAACCCUAUCAUCAGCAGAACCCUCAGAGACAUCACCGUGGAUUUGGGAUGCUGAGGGGGUCUGCCCAAUUUAUAAACAGGCACAGCAUGGUUGGCCCUCAAAUAGCAUUCAACCCCAGGCCAGGAAAGAGAUGUUAUCAGAGCUAGGACAAUUUCUCCUGCAGGUCCUGCUCGUUCAGCCGGAGCCGCCGUCAGAUGCAGUGUGAGAAUAAGGAGUGUCAGGAUGGGUUUCUGGCAGGGCAUGGAGAGGAGCCUCAAGGGCCAGAAGAAACUCUGACUUUCUAUGAGAUUGAAGGAGAGAAUGAUGCUGCUUUUCCUACCUUGCCAUUUGCUUUUCAGAGCCAGAGUAGUCCUGCUCCCACUGUCCAUAGUCCAUCAGGAUUUUGGGUAGCAAGGAGAAACCAGAACUCUGUUUCACCUAACAAGCAGCCCCUGAAUUCCUCAGAGGAGGAAGCAAUAAGUGAAAAUGCUUCCUGUUCUAUCUCCCUUGUAGGAAAAUUUCAUGAAGAAUAUAUCUAUGCACCUCCAGAUCCUGACUGUGAAACUGCACCAGUAUUUAGUUCAGCAGAACCUACAGCAAACUUGGAAGAAGGGCCUGUCUCGGUGUCACCUCACGAGGAAGGGGCUUCCUACAGCUAUCCCCAGAAGGUGUUGGUGAACUCUGCAGGAGUUUCAGCCUCCACAGAUGUUUAUACUGCUCCAGCUACAGGCCUCUCUUCAAAUUCUGCUGCCUCCACUCCAGCCAGUGUCACCACAGCAACUCCCCCCCAAACAGCAGUUCAGCCUGUCAUAGUAUCUCCCUUUUCUGUGGGGAGGCCAGCAGUUUCUUCGGUGCCAUUCCCAACUUACUCAGCUCCUCUUCCUCCAGUGAGUGAGGUGGGAGAAGCUGGUGCUGUUCUUCCAGCUUACUCUUGUGAUCCCAGUGGCAGUGAUCUGCCUCGAGAUACAAAGGUCUUGCGGUAUUACUUCAAUCUGGGAUUGCAAUAUUGCCAUCAGAGCUAUUGGCCUUCCAUGGUGUAUGUACAGCCAGUGCUGCCUCCAUCUUCAGUAGAAGUUUAUCCAGCAUAUGCUGAGCCAGCUCCUGCCUUGGAUCAGUCAGUACCUCAGAUCUUCACUGAUGCUCGGCAGACUGAAGUCCAGGUUCCCUUGGAAGCACCAGCAAAUGGUAACUUCCCAAAUGCAGAGCCUCCACCCCUAUCCUAUGGACCAGUGUAUUACCCAGUUGUGCCUGACCCCUUCAGCCAGCAGCCUCUGCCUGGGUUUGACACUGUGGUACCUGCCUAUCACUAUGUUGGUACCUGGCACCCAGUAAAUCCUGCACAUGGAAACUCACCACAAAUGGCCAACGCUGUGAGCUCAGGACCACCACACCAAAUCAGCUAUAUUGCCUCACCUAACCCUGUACCUCAUGACAUGCCUCAAGGAAUGUAAAUCUGGGAGCUGGAAACUCAUUCUUGGUUUCUCGUUUCUUGGUUGUCAACUAUUGUUAAUAUAUUUUUGUAAAUGUUAUCCUGUCUUGGGGGGCUGAGUCAUUUGAUCAAGCUGCAUUCAUAUUUCAUGUUUCUCUUUAGGUUUAUGCUCCUAGUUGACAAGAUGUUGUUUUAGUUGAUUAGGGAAGCAUAGGAAAAAGGUACACACAAUCUGUGAUGCAGGGAACACAACCUGAAUGUGGCUGCAUAAAGUGUGUGGAAAGAAGCGCUGUCACUAAAGGCAUGUGUCUCUGAGAGGUUGCACUGAACACUUGAACACCUGGUUCUUGUUGAAACACUGAAAUAGGCUGCCACUACAACUAUAGAUAAAAAUUUGGCAUAGAGUCAUUAGAGGGUGAAAACGUUUAAAAUAAGUUGGCUUUCUCAGAUUUUGCAAAACAAAGCUGCUUUGCCGCUAGUGGUCACAUAUUUAUCAUAGCUGUGUUUCUUCUGUCUGCCUUCAUAGUGCAUAGAUUUCAUGACUGGAAAUACAAGAAUAACAUUUUGAUCUGUUGUAUAUUUGUAAGAUUUGUUUUGUGAAAGCUGUUGCACAUAUGGUGAUAGUCUUUGGUGGUUAAUUUGCACUGACAGCACAAAAUAAAAGCAUUGAACAUGUGAAAA